AUGGCCACGCUCACCGACGACAUCCUCGCUGACAUCAUCUCGCGCCUGCCGUACAAGUCCACAUGCUGCUGCAAGUGCGUCUCCAAGCGUUGGCGCGACCUCAUCUACCACCGCCACCACCGAAAGAAGAUGCCGCAGUCCGUCGUCGGCUUCUUCUACGAAGGUUACAACGAAUGCCGCUCCCCCAGGAAGGCUCGUUAUUUUACCAAUCUGUCGCGGGAAUAUUAUCCUCUAGUCGACCCCUCACUAUCAUUCCUGCCCAAUUGCGGGAGCCUUGACAUCUUGGACGCCUGCAAUGGCCUCCUCCUCUGCCGCUGCUGGAAGGCUGCUGAUCCCCUGAAAUUGGAUUAUGUUGUUUGCAAUCCCACCACUGAGAAAUGGGUGUCCGUGCCUGCCACCGAAUGGCCCAGCAAGGUGGGCGUCGCUCGCCUCGGAUUUGACCCGGCCGUUACUUCCCACUUCCAUGUAUUCGAGUUCAUAGAUGAGGAGGCGUGGGGUGUACCCGAGGACGAGCAAGACGACGAUUUUUAUCGACGCAUCCACACACUAGCAAUUUACUCGUCCAAAGCUGGAGUUUGGAAAUAUCAAACAGUUAAGCAGGGUCCAUUUGCGAUACCCAAGCAUUCAGUAAGCUCAUUUUUAAAUGGGGUCCUAAAUUUGGCGGCAGAUUAUAAUCUAAUAGUGGCUGUCGAUGUGGAAGGAGAUAAUUGGUGGCUUGUUCCUAUUCCUGAGCGGCCGGACUAUGUUGAUGAUACCAAUGGCAUAUUUACAUCUCAGGGACGGGUGUAUUUUGCUGAUUCUGAUCGUUCUAAACUAUCAAUCUGGAUUCUUGAGGACUACGCUACAGGAAAAUGGACCUUGAAGCACAAUGUGAGCCACUUGUAG